AUGAGUACUCCCGAUUCUCGCGUCAUCAUCGUUGGCGGCGGAGUCUUUGGUUUGAGCACCGCACUUUGGCUUGCCCGUGGUGGUUACAAAGAUGUAACCAUCUUCGAUCGCUGCAACUUCGAUACCAACUUCUACAAUCCUGCUGAUGGAUGCGAUGGUGCGUCAGCUGAUAUAAACAAGAUCUUCCGAGCAACCUACGGCUCGCAAAAACAUUCACAGGAUCUCGCGUUGGAAGCUAGAGAUAUCUGGCUGGAAUGGAAUCGAGUUAUUAGAGAAAGUCAACCAUCAGACCUUCCGCAGCCCCUCAGCCCGGAAGAUGAAUUGCUCACACUGUGCGGUGUGUACCAUCUCGCCGAUGGACCAAACAUGAUUCCACGUUAUGUGGAGAAUCUGCGUGUCAUGGAGGACACGGCUCCUAGCUUCCGUGAUCUGCAGUUUAUCAAGAAUAAUGGAGAUGAUGAGAAGAGAGCCUCGGCGCGUGGUGCUGAAUGGGGGAGGAAGUAUCAUCUCUUUGACCAAUUCAAAGAUGGGGCAACAAAUGGUUUCCUCGACGCUGGGUCAGGGAUCACGUUGGCUGAUAAAGCAUGUGUGUACGCACGUCAUCUAUGCCAAAAGGCCGGUGUGAAAUUUGUCCUUGGGUGCCCCAACGGUGAGCUUGAACAGUUGGUGGUCGAAAGAAGUGGCAACAAGAAGCAAGUCAAAGGUAUCAAGACCCGCGAUGGAUUGACGCAUUUUUCUGACCUCGUGGUCCUUGCAUGCGGUCCGUGGACAUCAACUGUUCUCCCCGAGGCACAUCGAUCAGUCGAAGCGACAAUGGGAACUGUUAUGUUCAUCGAUAUCCCUGAAGACCGGAAAGAUUUGCGUGAAAAAUUCCACCCGGACAACUCCCCAGUAUGGCGGUUCAUUCAGGGCGAAGGGGAAGGGCGGAGGAUUUCCCGUCACGCGGGAAGGGAGGCUGAAAUUCGGAUUCCGCGCACGAAAGGUGAUUAUCAUCCACAUGAUGUCAUUGAGUUUUGCUCAAGCAAAGGCUCACUUCUCACUGUCAAGUUUACGAAUUUCCAAGAUCAUCCAAAUGAAAAGGGAACUCGAAUCUCGACCCCGCGGACAAAGUAUAGCGCAGAGCCGAUCCAUACCGUGCCGUUGUAUGGAUUGGAGCUCAUGAAGAAAGUGAUUGGCGGUUUGUUCCCUGAGCUAGCCGACAUUGGCUUUACCGACAGCAGGUUCGUGAUCGAUUUCGUGCCCGGCUUUUCAGAUUCGCUCUUCAUCUGCACAGGAGGCUCAGGCCACGGAUUCAAGUUCCUUCCAAUUCUUGGAAAAUAUGUGAAAAACCAACUCGAACGAACUCCUGAUCAGUUCACGUCUAUUUGGAAAUGGAGAACUGUACAAGAAGGUGAACCGUGUAACGGCUUAGAGGAGGGAGAGGCUGGCCCGCGGGAAAUGUCGAAAUUACGACUGGCCCAACGUAAGUGUGUGUAUCGUCCUUCUUCGCGUAAGACUGACAGAGUCUCUGCAGCCGCAGACUUCGUCUUUUCGUCCAAGGGCUCUACCCACUUGAGUCACAGACUGUCGAACAUUGGCGUCAAAGAGAAGUCCCAACUUUAG